AUGGGAGGGGAUGCUGCAAAAGAGGAAGCUGGCAUCAAAGGCAAAGAAGAGACAGAAGAACAGACCUGUCGGUUGCUGGGCAAGUUUGAUUUGAAUGGGUAUGUAGAUGCCAAAAACCAUUCACUUGUUAUUGGAGGACUGUUUGAUAUUCAUUCCAGGACCAUCCCAGCAAAUGAGUCUGUUUUGGAGCCAGUAUCAGCAAAAUGUGAAGGGUUUAAUUUUCGAGGAUUCCGCUGGAUGAAAACCAUGAUCCACACCAUCAAGGAGAUUAACGAGAGGAAGGAUAUUUUGCCCAACAUCACUUUGGGCUAUCAGAUCUUUGACACCUGUUUCACCAUCUCCAAAUCUGUGGAAGCUGCUUUGGUGGGUUAUGCCUCUACCUGCUCAGUUCUCAGUGACAAAUACCAGUUUCCGAGUUACCUUCGCACGGUUGCCAGUGAUAAGGUCCAGUCGGAGGCCAUGGUCAGACUCAUCCAACACUUCGGUUGGGUCUGGAUAGGCACGAUAGCAGCUGAUGAUGAUUAUGGAAAAUAUGGAGUAAAAAUUUUUAAGGAAAAAAUAGAGAGUGUCAACCUCUGUAUUGCCUUCUCUGAAAUCAUUCCCAAAGUCUAUUCCUAUGAGAAAAUGCAAAGAGCUAUUGAUGCUGUAAAGAACUCCACGGCCAGAGUCGUUGUGCUUUAUGCGUCUGAUAUUGACCUCAGUCCUUUUGUGCUGGAAAUUGUUUUCCACAACAUAACUGACAGAACAUGGAUAGCAAGUGAAGCAUGGAUUACCUCAGCUCUCAUUGCAAAGCCUGAAUAUUUCCCAUAUUUUGGUGGAAGUAUUGGAUUUGCAAUACCAAGAGCUGAUAUACCAGGACUAAAAGAGUUUCUUUAUGACGUGCAUCCUAGCAAGGAUCCAAAUGAUGUCCUGACCAUUGAAUUCUGGCAAACUGCUUUUAACUGUACUUGGCCCAAUAGUAGUGUUCCCUACCAUGUUGAUCACAGAGUGAACAUGACCGGUAAAGACGACAGGUUACACGCCAUGUCUGAUAAAUUCUGUACAGGAGAGGAGAAGUUGGAAGACCUUAAAAAUACUUAUCUGGAUGUGUCUCAGCUAAGAAUCACAAACAAUGUCAAGCAAGCUGUGUAUUUUAUGGCUUACGCCCUGGAUCACCUCAGUAGAUGUGAAGAAGGACGUGGGCCAUAUGUUUUCGGAAACACCUGUGCGUAUAUACCUGACUUUGAGCCUUGGCAGUUAAUGUACUAUCUGAAGAACAUUAAGUUUACAACCCAUAAUGGAAUGACAAUAGAAACGGAUGAAAAUGGAGACGUGAGUAGGGGGUACUAUGAUAUCCUAAACUGGCAAUUGGAUGAUAAUGGAGAAGUUGCCUUUGUGAAGAUUGGAGAAUACACAUUCACAGACUCUAAGUUUGAACUCGUGAUGAGAAAGAAUGCAACGAUAUUUUGGAACACUGAGUCAUCAGAGGUUCCCUAUUCAGUGUGUGCUGACGUGUGUCGUCCCGGGACCCGGAAGGGGAUUCGUCAGGGGGAGCCAGCAUGCUGCUUCUACUGCAUCCCGUGUGCUGAUGGACACGUGUCGCGGGAACCAGGUCAAAGAGAGUGUGAGCAAUGCGGUGAAGACUACUGGUCAAAUGCACAGAAGAACAAGUGUGUGCUGAAAGAGGUGGAGUUCCUUGCUUAUGACGAGGCCCUGGGAUUCACACUUGUCCUUCUCUCCAUCUUCGGGGCCCUUGUGGUCUUGGCAGUCACAGUUGUGUAUGUGCUGUACAGGCACACUCCGCUUGUGAAUGCCAAUGACCGGGAGCUAAGCUUUCUCAUCCAGGUUUCGCUUGUCAUCACACUGUUGUCUUCCGUGCUUUUCAUUGGCAAGCCGUACGACUGGUCCUGCAGGGCCCGCCAGGUUACCCUGGCAAUGGGAUUUUCUCUUUGCCUGUCUUGCAUUCUUGGAAAGACUAUUUCACUGUUCUUAGCCUACAGAAUUUCCAGAUCCAAAACCCGACUUAUAUCCAUCCGUCCCCUUUAUCAGAAAAUCAUUGUGCUAAUUUCUGUUCUAGUUGAGAUUGGUAUAUAUACAGCCUACUUGGUAUUGGAACCCCCAAGCGCCUUCAAGAACAUGGAAUCUCAAAACAUAAAGAUCAUUCUGGAAUGCACUGAAGGUUCUAUAGAAUUUUUAUGCUCUAUGUUUGGGAUUGAUAUCUUCCUGGCUUCGCUAUGCUUUCUCACAACCUUUGUGGCUCGCCAGUUGCCGGACAAUUACUAUGAAGGAAAAUGCAUCACCUUUGGGAUGCUGGUCUUUUUCAUCAUCUGGAUCUCUUUUGUUCCUGCCUACUUGAGCACCAAAGGCAAGUUCAAAGUGACUGUGGAAAUAUUUGCAAUCUUGGCAUCCAGCUAUGGUUUGUUGGGUUGUAUAUUUGCUCCCAAGUGCUUCAUUAUCUUGCUGAGGCCAGAGAGGAACACUCAUGAACUUGUUGGUGGAAGAGUCUUGACUAUAGAUAAGAGCAUCCAACCAACUUCAGCGUCUGUGAGCAGUGAGCUCAACAAUACCAUGGCAUCAACUGUUGAGGACGACUAG